UUCUCCCGAGCCGGAGAUUAAUCGUCGACUGGUGAAGAUGUACGAAUCGGCGAAUGUCUCUGAGGAAGCAGAUCGUACGGCUUUCCGGCGAGCAGAGAAAAAAUACAAGCUUUAUUAUGAACAGGAUUCUAAAUUCUCUAGAAAGAAGAAGCUUCCAAAACCGGUUGAUUUGUCGGCGUUGCUCGAUUUUGAUUUGAUUUUACAAGAUUUCAACAAGAAUGGUGUCUUGCCGGACGGAAUUAGGGUUGCUGAAGCUGAUUCCCCGGUGUUCUGCAUCGAGAAUCGCCCCGGGUUUUACUUUAUCCCUGGAGCAUUGAGUUUAGAGGAGCAAUGCAAAUGGAUUAAAGAGAGCUUGACGAAUUUCCCGCAGCCUCCAAACAGAACAAAUCACAAUGCAAUUUAUGGUCCCGUUUCUGAUUUGUUUGAUUCAGCUAAAGCGAACAAGGUAUUGGUUCAGGAGGAUCCUACAUCUGAAACUUGCAUCAACAACAACAACAAGUGGAAGUUCUAUGAUGGUGAAGAAGAUAUUGAAAAAGCAAAACGAAGAAGUUGCAAAUCAGUUCCCGCUUCAAGUCUUUUAAGGAAGCUUCGAUGGAGCACCCUCGGUUUACAAUUUGAUUGGUCCAAGCGGAACUAUGAUGUUUCUCUCCCUCAUAACAACAUCCCUGAUGCACUCUGUCAACUAGCUAAGACGCACGCCGCCAUUGCAAUGCCUGCCGGGGAGGAAUUCCGUCCAGAGGCUGCGAUUGUAAACUAUUUUGGCUUAGGUGAUACCCUUGGAGGCCACCUUGAUGACAUGGAAGCUGACUGGAGUAAACCCAUAGUGAGCAUUAGCCUUGGAUGUAAAGCUAUUUUUCUCUUAGGUGGAAAAUCAAAAGAAGAUCCUCCUCAUGCUAUGUAUCUCAGAAGUGGAGAUAUUGUACUAAUGGCUGGAGAAGCCAGGGAAUGCUAUCACGGCGUACCUCGUAUCUUCACGGACGAAGAAAAUUCGGAAAUUGGCGCACUUGAAUCAGAACUUUCCCAUGAAAGUGGACAUUUUUUCGCAGAGUACAUCAAAACUUCGAGGAUAAACAUAAACAUCAGGCAAGUUUUCUGAGUUGCCGGAAUUCACCUGCAAAUUAUCUGUAUUUGCAUCGAGCCAGAAGGUUUUGAGAAGCAGCCCCUUCUUCUUCUUCUUUUGUUUCAAGAUUUUUAGAUGUCAAUGUUGUUAGGGCCAUAGAAGCUCUUCACUAUGUAGGAUUCGACCAGAACUAUAGUAGGAUUCAUACAAUAGCGGGUUAAUUAUCUGCUGAAAUUUUGAGACUCGAGGCCGUUGUGAAAACAAUUGUAUUAUUACCAAAAAAGAGAAACAUCAAUUA